UUAUACAGAAGCAUCUUGUCAAAAACAUUAUCACCUUUUGCACGAUUUGGGCCUGCCGCCUCUCUUCGCUUCGAGAGCCUUGCCGAUCUCACCUUAACACACAGGAUCCCUGCUGUGCGCUGCAUAGAUUUUCAACCUCAACUGCAUAGAUCACUGUUGUUAAGAUGGCCGCUGCAACUUUGGGCCAACGGCUUCAGAUUGCUGGCGACCGGCAAAGCGGCCAGGACGUUCGCACGCAGAAUGUGAUGGCUGUCACCGCUGUGGCCAACAUCGUUAAAAGUAGUUUGGGCCCAGUUGGACUGGAUAAGAUGCUCGUGGAUGACAUCGGCGAUGUCACCAUCACCAACGAUGGUGCCACCAUUUUGCGGCUCCUCGAGGUGGAGCACCCGGCCGCCAAGAUUCUGGUAGAGCUUGCCGAGCUGCAGGACGCGGAGGUGGGUGACGGCACCACCAGCGUGGUCAUCCUGGCCGCGGAGCUGCUCAAGCGCGCCAACGAGCUGGUGAAGAACCGCAUCCACCCCACCAACAUCAUCAGCGGAUACCGGCUGGCCAUGCGGGAGGCCUGCAAGUUCAUCGAGGAGCGCAUGGCCACCAGCACGGAGUCGCUGGGUGCGGACACGCUGCUCGCCUGCGCGCGCACCUCCAUGAGCUCCAAGAUCGUGGGCGCGGAGGGCGACUUCUUCGCGCGCAUGGUGGUGGACGCGAUGAGCGCGGUGAAGAGCACGGACGAGAUCACGGGGCGCACGCGCUACCCGGUCAAGGCUGUCAACGUGCUCAAGGCGCACGGCAAGAGUGCGCGCGAGUCGUUGCUGCUGGAUGGCUAUGCACUCAACCUGGGUCGCGCGGCGCAGGGCAUGCCCAAGCGGCUGGCGGGGGGUGUCAAGAUCGCGUGCCUGGACAUGAACCUGCAGAAGGCGCGCAUGAUGAUGGGGGUGCAGGUGCUCGUGAACGACCCCAAGGAGCUGGAGCGCAUCCGCGAGCGCGAGAGCGACAUCACCAAGGAGCGCAUCCAGAAGAUCCUGGACGCGGGGGCCAACGUCAUCCUCACAACCAAGGGUAUUGACGACAUGGCCCUCAAGUAUUUCGUGGAGGCGGGCACCAUCGCCUGCCGCCGAGUGGAGAAGGACGACCUGCGCCGCAUUGCCAAGGCCACUGGCGCCACGGUGGUGCUCACGCUUGCGGACAUGGACGGCAACGAGACCUUCGACCCCGCGCACCUGGGGCAGGCGGAGGAGGUGGUGGAGGAGCGGGUAGCGGACGACAACAUGAUCAUGAUCAAGGGCUGCAAGUACAGCAAGGCCGUGACGCUGCUGCUGCGCGGUGCUAACGACUACAUGCUUGACGAGAUGGAUCGCUCCAUCCACGACUCGCUGUGUGUGGUGAAGCGGGUGCUGGAGUCGGGCAGCGUGGUGCCGGGCGGCGGUGCGGUGGAGGCUGCGCUGUCCAUCUUCCUGGAGCACUUCGCGACCAGUCUGGGCAGCCGCGAGCAGCUGGCGAUUGGGGAGUUCGCCAACGCGCUGCUGGUGCUGCCCAAAACACUGGCUGUGAAUGCGGCCAAGGACGCAACGGAGCUGGUUGCCGCUCUGCGCGCCUACCACUACAAGGCCCAGACGCAGCCGGAGGAGGCCAAGUGCGCGCAGUUCGGACUAGACCUGGUGGAGGGGCGCGUGCGCAACAACCUGGAGGCAGGGGUGCUGGAACCCGCCAUGAGCAAGCUGAAGAUGAUUCAGUUCGCAACGGAAGCCGCCAUCACCAUCCUGCGCAUCGACGACCUCAUCCGGUUGGAGCCGCAGCAGGAGGGGGGCGACGAGUAGACACUCAGAGUAGGGGGCUGGUUAUUGAGGCACGUCGGCUCAUGAGACGAGACGGCUAGGCGGCUCAUGAGAGGGUGGUGAAGGCGGUGCUUCUUGCUUGAUUCAGGAGGAGCUCGCACGCACCUCCCAUGCGUGCUGUGUGCCGGGGGCGCAUUGCGUUGGCUGCUGGGUUGCGUGACAUGCUGCAGGGGUCUCGGUGCUUGGCAUGCUAGGCAGGGCGAGGCAUGCCUCUGAUAUAGAGGAUGGGAGGAGGCCCAAACGGCCGGACAUAGGGACGUUGUUGCUGGGGAAUGGGUAGUUUGGGUAGUACACGUUGGUUGGCUGCUGGAGGUGAUGUGGGAUUACAAGGCAGUUAAGAGAGGCAUCUGAGGAGGAUCAUGGCGUGCGCAAAGAGGGGAACACAGGGUAAGCGGGUAGUGUGGCGUUCAGGUGGCGUUCAGUGUAGUGUGUUGCGUGCAAGAAGACUGCAGCAGGGAAGGGUACCGUAGCACGGCUUGGGACACAUGCUGGCUUUGCUGUUCGCUGCUGCGAGGCAAGGGCUGUCUGUUGCAGGCGUGUGGUGGGUGUCAGCGACCAUCCACAAGGGAGGAGGAGGAGGGGCCGAGGGUAGGGAAGCUCAACGGUUGUGUGAAGCACGGCGAAGAAGAGGAGCGUUGGUUGAUUGGCUGGUGAGCACUGGCGGGAUGGCUUGCAGACAUGUACGCAGGUUGUGGUUUGCGGUUAGGGGCGUUGUGGUAGGAGAGUGAGUAUGAGGCUGUGUAUGCCCAUGUACAUGGCAGUACGUUGGUAGGCGAAUGCAAUGAUACAAGCCGCAACGAUUACACAACCCCCCUUGUGUACGGUACACACGGCAAGCGCACAUGCGGCCGUGUGUAUGCGUGUAUGUGAAACCAAGCAACAAGUCCACGUAAACGCCGCCCCUCCCCACCGCUAUGCUACUGUACACUUGCAUGCCGUGCAUGCGUCUAUCUCACGUCCGUUCCUCCCUAGCAACACAC